UAAUUUCUUGUCCUCAGGUUUUAGUCUGCAGUUCUCAUGUGUCCACUCCAGGUGUUGUCCCUUCCCCACCCUGCAAGCCUGUGUGUAUCCCUUUGGACAGGGAGUUGCUCUGGGUCCCUUCCCCUCCUUAGAAAUAGAUUUGAGUGGCAAUCUGUGGUGCCCUCUUCCCCCUAGGCUGGUUUGGGGGACUCCACUCAGGCUGUUUAGCCACAGGCUCCUCUUGGGGGGUGCAGUCAGGUUCAGCUUGGUUGGCUAGGUGGGUUCUGUGAGGUGGUUGAGAGGGAAGCCGAGAAGAAAGACAUAGGCAGCUUUUCCCACUGGGCAAGUGUGGGAGCUGUAGCUCAGGCUAUUUGGUGAAAAGCUUUUCUCUAUGAAGGUAAUCAGUUUCAGCUUGGUACUAGGCUUCUCAGAGGUGGUCAAAUGAGUUAUUAUUUCCCACAGACUGGGCUCAGGCUUGUCUAGCCUGCACCCGUUCUUUCUUUCUUUUUGUAUAGAGAAGUGCACAGGCUGAGCCGGGAGUCAUGGCACCUCUGCCCCAUCAGGCAGGGCUGGAGAUUUCAUUCAGUUUCUCCUGGAGGGGUGCAACCAGAUGCCUGCAAGCUGAACUGGACUAUGCGGUAUCGUCCAGGACUGAAAGCACAGAAAAUAUAGGUGCAGAACUCAGAGCUCCACUUAAGCAAGAUCCUCUACAUGUAAGAGUCAAAGCUGUCCUUAAGAAAAGGGAAUAUGGAUCAAAGUAUACUAAGAAUAAUUUCAUCACUGGAGUAAGAGCAAUGAAUGAGUUCUGCCUUAAACCCAGUGACCUAGAACAACUUCGAAAAAUUAGACGGCGAAGUCCCCAUGAAGAUACAGAGUCCUUUACUGUAUACUUGAGAUCAGAUGUGGAGGCAAAAUCUUUGGAAGUUUGGGGAAGCUCCGAAGCUCUGGCCAGAGAGAAAAAACUACGGAAGGAAGCAGAAAUAGAAUACAGAGAACGUAAGUAUUCACCUUAAAGCUGAGUGAAUUUCAAAGUAACAUGUAAUAGAUAACUGUAUUCUCUGCUGCUUGCAUACCCCAUGGUUAGACUCUGUUGGUUCCAGCAAAUACCAGUUUUCAUUUGG